AUGAAAAGAGCUACUUCUGAGCUCUUCUCACCAUACAGAUCGCUUGGUGUAGUUUGUACAGAAGUUACUCCAACAGUCCGAACUACGUUCAUUGGCAAAAAAUCUUCCCUUUCACUGGUUUGCGCAAUCGACAACGUUCUUUUAAACUACAAUGCCUCUAAACUACGGCCCAUCGCCAUGUCCGAGCCUUUGAAGACGAAAAUUACAGCGGUAGCUUCAACGAGCAGGUUUUUCAAAGUUCAGAAAAUCAAUGAUAUAUUCAUUGUAAAUUGAAGAUGUGUCUACGCGGCGUGCGACGAUUCGAUAGCGCUUCUUCCUUUUUGCCGAGAUAUCCAAAAGUAUAUUCCGAUCGAGCAUAAAAUUACGAAAAUGCUUGUCCUCGGAACGCAGUUGGUCAGGAAAGAAAAAUGUUUCUAGCAAAAAUGUCUUUUUAAGGUGGCCUGCGAUGAGAAGAAUGGUAUCCUAGUGAUUGAUGUCGAAACAGAAGAGAAAGUCUUGUAUGUGGAAGGAAGCGAAGAUUUCCAAAUUACGGCUUUGGUUCACCCUUCGACCUACUUGAAUAAGGUAAAAUGAUCGUAGGGACAAUAUUUACUUUAAAGUCAUUUUCAGAUCCUGAUUGGUUCCUCAGACGGCCGGAUGCGGAUUUUCAACUUUCACACUGGCAAAGUCAUUCAUGAAUUUAACAAAAGUGAAAACUUUGAUUUUUCUCUGUACCAUGAGUUAUUCAGAGUGGAAUUCUCGGAUAAAUGUUCUUCAACAGUCAACGGCCAUCGACAUCAUUGCUGUAGGCUUGGCAAAUGGUCAGAUUCUCGUGAUGAAUGUGAAAACCGACGAGGUUUUGUUCAACUUCCGACACGAUUCUGGGAUUUCUGCGAUAGGAUUCAGGUUUUCCUAAUGUUAUUAUUCAAAAACAGUACACCAGCUCCCUUUUUUUCUCGAGUUUUCACCUUUGGUAUUCUUUGCAGAGAUGACGGAGAGGCCAGUAUGGUUUCCGUUGAUGAUAAGGGCUCGAUGGCCGUUUGGAACUUGGAAAAAGAAGAACUGAUCGGAAAAGUUUUGAAUAUCCACAAGGCGGCAGUUCAACUGCUUCAUUUUGUUCCCGGCGAACCGGUCAUGGUUGGUUUUGCCUCUUUUCUUCGUUUUCUUGGAACCUUUUUCUUCAUUUUUAGAAAUAUCCCUCUUCUUGACAUUGAGGAAAGUUGUGAAGUUUUAAAAUCGGAGUCAUUUGACAUACCAAAAGAUUUCAUUUGUUUCAUUUCCCGCUUGCAGAUCACAACAUCGACGGACAAUUCGAUGCGAACUUGGAUUUUUGACGGCGCGGACGGAAUGCCGAGACAAUUGGUCAUUCUGGAGGGACACUCCGAACCAGUCACGUCUUUGACUUUCGCCAGUAAAACUCAGGUUGGCGCUUUUUGAUUUUUUAAAUGGAGCAUAUACAAGGAUGAGGAAAAAAAAGGGAGUUUAUUGAUUCUCAAAACAAAAAAGUACGCAUUUACUCCAAGUUUUUGACUUUUUUUGGGAAAAGCCGUAUUUUAAACCAGUUUUCUACUGAAUAUUACUCUUACAGAUUCUCUCUGCUGGCCUUGACGGAACUGUGAGAAAGUACGACGCCACCAGCGUGACUAUGCGGUCAAAGCUGGGAACCGCUGCGACCAUGUCAAAGUAUCCAUUUUGUCUUAUUUUUUUUUCCUAUCUAAGCCGGUUCUGGUUAAAGCGUUUUUCUGGAAUAUUCAUUUGCACUUUAUUAGGUAUAUGAAAAAGUAGAAAAAAACAAUUUUCUAGAUUAUAUUAGAACGUUCAUUGGGAAAUAUUUUACAUGCACACUUUUUUUAGACAUUUACUUCUCAAUCUUGUUUUUUUACGAAUCAUGUAUUUUCGUUAUUGAAAAAAAAUUUUCAAGAUAUCAUCAGAAUAAAAUUCAAAUGUUUGCUGCUGAAGUUCGUUUGAAAUUUAUUUCAAACUUGCAAUCCCACGAUCCAACUUUCGAAACGGAACGACUUUAUUUGUCAGGGAAAAAUAUUCCAAAUUCAUCGUUUUUUUUUUUCGAAUUUUCAACUUUUCUAGAGCGUAUUAAAGAUAAACCUGUAGGCUCAAUACAUUAAAAAAAAAAUGAAAAUUAGGCAAUUUCGACUUUUCACCUCAAAAAAAUUUUUCCAGAGCCGACGCCAGGAAGAAAAAUGUCGAUUUCGAGAGCGUCAAGUUGGCACCGGUCGUGGAAAUGGCGAUUGGUUGGACUCGGGAGGCGGCCUGGGACAACGUCCUCUGUCGACAUAAGUAAUAAAUCUGCCUUCAAAAAUUCAAUCCAGAAAUAUUCGUUUGCAGAGAUUCCCUUGUAGUCACAACUUGGACAACUCGCAAAGGAUUCUGUCGGCACUUGUAAAGUUUGAAAAAUUCCGUUUUUCUAGCCCUAAAAUCCAAAUUUUCAGCUUCAACACGAGCGUUUCAAAGCGAACGAGGCGUUGAUCGGCACGACGGCGACGUCGAUUUGUCUAUGUCCUUCCGGAAACUUUGCCUACAUCGGAUAUUCCAGUGGUGGGAAUGGAAGUUGAAAUCGAUCCGAAUACAUUGCAUUUUCCAGGCCACAUCGACAAGUUCAACGUUCAGAGUGGUCGACACGUUCACACUUAUACCGAAGAAUCGGGCGGCGCCAAAAAGGCCAAGCACAAAAACUUGAAAAAGAAGCAGAAUGCCCAGAAAAGGGUACGUUUUUUUGGGGAGUUACUUUGGGAAAUCUAGAAAAGAAACGUCUAUUAUUUCAUUCUACCUUUCUAGAGAGUUAGUAAAAGAGACUGAACACAGAGAGGAGCUUUAUUGUCAGUUUCAGACUCAAGUUGAAAAGUUUUGGAGAAAAACUUUUUUUUAAAUGUUGAUUUGAAAGUUUGGCUUUUUCCUUCCAGUAAAAAAAAUUUCUUCGAUGUUCAAUCUGUUGCUUCAAAAUAUUUGACAGUUUAAAAAUAUCAUAAUAAGAGAGAAAAAAACAUAUCGGUAGCCUUGUUUCUAAUUUUCUAAUUUUCUCUCUUACUCUUUUUAUUAUUCAGUAAUCCUUCACGAAGUAAUUUUUUCGAAGUUAUGAAAGAGAUCUUUAUUUUGCACUUGAAUCUAUCAGUUUCCUUCUAAUUAUGUUUUAGCCGCCAACUGUUUUCUUUGUUCUGUUUUGCAAUUUUUCCUAUGAGUCUUUAUCCUCGAAUUUUUUCUUCCAGGUGACGGCCCACGAUGACAGCGUCACCGGCUUGACUUUGGAUCAACGCGGCGCAGAAUUGUGCAGUGCUUCCAGCAGCGGCGUCUUGAAGUGAGGAUAAACUUGAAAUUCUCUUAAAUAUCUCAUUUUUGAAGGUUCUGGACGACAAAAACUGGCGCCUGUUUGGAGCGACUUAAAGACUCCUUCGUUGAAAGUCACCAAAAUGAAGUCUUGUAAUGUCAACAGUCUGAUCGCCGUCUCUUGUGAAGCCAAUGAUGGUAGGUUUUGUAGAAAUUUGGGAUCAAGUUGCAUUUUAUCUUAAAUUGAAAAACAAAGUAACUUUUCCCAAUAAAAUAAGAAUAUUAUAUUUUGAAAUUUUUUCAUUGGAAUAAAUCGAUUUCACUAUAUUUUUUUCAGGAAAAGCUUCAGUAGCGAUCUUGGAUUCACUGACCCACAAAAUUGUCCGCUUUUUCAAACAAGUUGGCCCUGCGAUCCACGCUUUGGAAUUCAGUAGCGAUGGAAAGUGGAUUUUGAUCGCUGACAACGUUAAUUACAUCCGGGUGAGUAGAUUUCUUCAAUUCUAGAACAAAAGUAUAUUUUCCAGGUCUUUGAUCUGGCCACCAGCGAUUUGAUCGACGUUUUGUUAUUUUCGAAGCCUUGCGUCGGGAUCAGCUUCAAUCCCACUGGAGAAUACAUGGCCACGAUUCAUGAAGUUCGUUUUUUUUUUAAGUUUUAGGUUAUUAUAUGAUAUGUGAGAUAUGACGUAAAAGAAGAGACUAGAAAAUUUUUUGAAGGCUUAAGAUCAAUAUUUGCGGAAACACUAAGAAUAACUGCCGAGAUAAACGCGAGACACUGGCGGUACAUUGACGAGCUCGCAAACAUCUCGCUUUUUUUCUCGCGCCGGUCUCGCAUUUUUCUGGGCGCCAGCUCGCACUUUUCUAGGCGCGAGCUCGCAUUUCUCUCGCAAUUUGAAAGUUUCCGAAAUGCAAGAUAAAUGCGAGAUGGCGCCGAGAAAAAAGCGACAUUUUUGCGAGUUAGUCAAUGUACCGCCACCGAGCUCGCGUUUAUCUCGUCAGUUAUUCUUAGUGAAGAUACACAACUAGAGAAUAUUUUCAACCUAAAAUAUUCCAUUAAAUAACGGAAUUUGCUGUGUGAAGUUUUUGAUGAUAUUUUCCAAGUAUUUCUCAAUUUUUUGCAUCCAAUAAUGAGGAAAUUUGAAGAGUCGAGUAGAUAGUUAACUGGGAAAGUUUUUUUAAAGUUUUGAUAAGACUUAGUGAAAUCAGUAGGUUAGAAAGCAAAAAAUCGUUGAUUUAUAGAAGCUUAACUUGUGUUGAAAGCAUAUUUGUCCAAAAAAAAACCAGGGCGAGAAAGCGAUGUUCGUGUGGGCGAACAAGGCGAUGUUCGCGACCCACGUCAACAUCCGAUCGCUGGCCUUGGACUACACUCCGACCUGGGAGCAGGACCUUGGCUCCAGCGUCGACGCCUUCAACAAGGUCUACAUCGACUUCGACGAAGACGAGAUGAUGGAGGAAGAGGCGCGACGGCUUAGAGAACUUCAGGUCUCAGAUUGGGCUGAAUAUGAUCCCAGAAAUUUAGAAGAAAACCUUUUUUGAACGUCUAUCUUAAUGGAACAUUUCUUUUUAUUUUUGAAUGUUUCAACAAUUUCUGAAAAAAUCUAGUGUCCAUGAAAGUCCGGAGAACAGCAAUAAUAGGAAAAAAACAUCGGUGAGAAAAAAAAAGUAAUAAAUCAAGGUUUUGGAGCCGUUUAGAGUCUUUAAAAAAACAUUAUCAUGUUCUCAAUUGCAUUAGUUCAUAAAUAAAAAUGAUUUUUUUCUGUUUAAUCAGAAAAAACUUUGAAAAAAGAAAUGAACUUGUGAAAGUAGGUCUGAAAUAAAUGAAGAUAAGGACAAAAAAAGAAAAUUGAGAAAUUGAAAUAGAAUGUAAAUAAGAAGAAAAAAAGAAAUUGUCAUAUUUUUUUUCCAGAUUGAUCCAUCUCUGGUCACUUACUCCGGUCUGGCGAUAUCGCGUUGGGCCAACCUUCCUGAUCUCAGUCUGAUAAAGGAAAGGAACAAGCCGACCGAAGCGCCCAGAAAAGCUAAACAGGUGCAGUUCGAACGGGAAAAAUACUCUGAAGAUUCUAAAAGGAAUUUCGAAAGUUACUAAAUAUUGAUCUCCUUCUUCAGCACCUCUUUCCAACUCAUUUAGCAAAAUAACUUUUCUGGAAAUUAAUUGAGCCGUAAAUCGACUUGCGGCGUCGCAAUUAGGACCGUAAAAUCGCCUAGCCGAAACGUCACAGGAAAACUAGAGAUUGCAAGGUGCAGAGAAAUCGAAAUAUGGCUUGACAAUUUUUUUCCAGAAAACUUUAAAAUUUAAGAGAGUUAUCAUGUUUUUUGAGAGUAAUUAAUUUAAGACUCCCUUCUUCCUGACGGCAGCUGCGACCUUGGAAGGAUUCGAAUUUUUCGGUCCGGAAAAAGAAAACGAAAACGAGGAUCGACUCAAGUUGCAAGCCAAACGAAGCCUGUUGGAGAUGGAGAGCUCGUUCUCAGCAAUUUUGAAAAAGUUCUCCCUAUUCUUUCUAAAAAAAAAGUUCAAAAUUGAUUUGAAGAGCGACGUUGAUUGAGCACUUGAUUGAAGCUUUCGAAAAGCUGAAGACAAAGUCGGUCUCGGCGAUCGAUUUUGAGAUUCGCAACUUGUCGCCACGAGUUCUACCUCUGUUUUUGAGGAUGCUUCUGGAGGUGAUUUGAGAAAAUCAAGAUUUGAUAGUGUUUCGACUUUGAAGGGUUGAGGAUAUCCUUGAAUUUGAAAGUUCCCGUUUUAACUGUAAAUGAGGGUAAAAAUACUCCAUUUUUUGUGGGAACUUUUUAAUAAUGCAAGUUUUGGGGUAACGAAAAACAAACAGUCCUUCGCGCAAGGCUCUUCAAAACUUGUAAGAAAUAGUGUUCAUAAAUUAUAAUGAUAUUCCUUCUGAUCAAUUUCAUGACAUUUUUCAGGUUCUCAAAACGAGAAGAGAUUUUGAACUCGUUCAGGCUUACCUGGCAACUGCUUUGAAGAUCCAUCGGUGAGUUCCGUGGAAAAAAAAAGUGUUUUUUAGUUUCUAAUUUUUGGCCAGUUUCUAAUAGGCCAACUUUAUGAGAAUAGAAAAAUUAUGACUCCGAAAGUUAUAAGUUAUUUUUUCGAUUUUUUUGUUCCAAUUUUUUCACUCUUCAACCGUCAAGAAAGUUUUGAAUCCUCUCUCAUUUCACCGAAAUAUAUGUUUGAUGAAAGUUUUAUGCCUUUUUCUGCUGUUUGCUUAUCACGUAUCGAAACGAUUCGUCGCGUUUUCUCAGGCGUGAUUUGAUGAUUUCGGACAUAUCUUGGGGAAAUGUGUGAGAAACUUCUUGUUUGCCUGAAGAGAAUUCGGAAAGAGAAGUAGGAAAAUAAAAUUGUUUCGACUUUGACUCGAAGUCAAGACCAAAGUGGAAGUUCCUUGAAAAAGCGUUUUAAAUUGAAAUGAAUUUUAGCUUUGAUUUUUUCUGAACGUAUGACGCGUUUUAUGUUGAGUUUUUAAUUCAAAAAAUGCCCUUUUUCCUAUAAUUUAAAACAGGAAGUCAACAUGAUAUUCAUAAAAAUUAGGUAGUCCACUUUUAAACGUUUCUUUUCCGGUUUAAUAAUUGAAUAUAGAGCGCGACUCUUUUUUGUAUAUUUUUCGAGCUAAUUUUAUCUUUUUUUUUUCUGAAAUAGAUGAUCAACUAGCUCAAACAAAAAAAAACCAAACGUUUGAAGUAAAAAGAUGCUUUCACGUGAUUAGUUCACUUCAACAAAACAGUUCUCGGGUUAAAAUAAAUGCAGUCUUUGAGGUGAUUUUUGAGUGUUUCUCCAUUUUUGAACAACCUUCCACCAAAAUCGUUGCAUACACUUUAUUCUGAAAAGGAAUUUCAAAUUCUCCUGCAGCCGAGAGUUCUGGGCCAACGAUUCAAACGAGGAGAUGAGCUCGGCACUCGAGGAAUUGGCGGCAGAACAAACGGCGGCUUGGCGUGAAUAUGAAUCACUGUUGCUGCAUGACACGGCCGUCGUCCUGUGGGUCAAAAACGCCCUUCUAUAG